UUCUCCACCAGAGUUAGGCUAGGCCUGCAGGUCUGUGGCGAGCCGCGGCCGUGGGUCUCUCUUCCGCAGGAUGGGGUUUGUGAAAGUUGUCAAGAAUAAGGCCUACUUCAAGCAGUACCAAGUGAAAUUCAGAAGACGGCGAGAGGGUAAAACCGAUUACUAUGCCCGGAAACGCUUGGUCAUCCAGGAUAAAAACAAGUACAACACCCCGAAGUACAGGAUGAUCGUCCGCGUCACCAACCGAGACAUCAUCUGUCAGAUCGCUUAUGCCCGUAUAGAAGGAGAUAUGAUAGUUUGUGCAGCUUAUGCUCAUGAACUCCCCAAGUACGGUGUGAAGGUUGGCCUGACAAAUUAUGCUGCAGCAUAUUGUACUGGCCUGCUGCUGGCCCGCAGGGUAUGUACAGGAUUACUUUAUAGUUGAUGUAUCUUGGAAUUA